AUGUUGCUGAAGCCCGCGACACCCCUCACCGUCCUGCUCCUGGUCGCCUUUGCCCUGCUCCUGGUGUCCUGCUUGUCGACGCCCAUUAUCAAGGGAAUUCCCUUGGCCACUUACAAGGAUGUCGACUAUGGUGUGUUUGGCUACUGCAAAGGCAGCCAGUGUACCAAUAUCCAUGUGGGAUACACUAGCAAUGAUAUAAAUAGCACCGGUGACGAUUUCAACCUCCCCUCGGGGACCCGUGAAUCGCUGUCCUCCAUUCUAAUUGUCCAUCCCGUCGCUGCUUUCCUAACCCUGAUCUGUCUCUGCCUGGCGGCCGCGGCCCACUUUCACAGCCCAUCCCACUCGCCGCGCUUUCUCCUGGCUCUCCUCAUCCUGCUUCUGCCGACGCUGCUCGUGACCCUUCUCGCAUUUUUGGUCGACAUCUUGCUCUUUGUGCCGCACUUGCAAUGGGGCGGAUGGAUUGUGCUGGCGGCGACCAUCAUCCUCGUCUCCUGCGGGGUGGUAACAUGCGCCAUGCGCCGAACUCUCGUGAGCCGGAAAGCGAGGAAGCAACGGAUUGCGGAAAAUGCCGAGAUGAGCGGAGAGAACUUUUACAAUCGCCAGAAUGCCGCCACGACCGCGACGCCCGUCAACGAAGCCAAGGAGGCUAUGGUGUCUGGCUCCCCCACUUCCGAGUCGGGCCCCAACUUUGCGACAUUCCGCACUGAAACGCGCGACAGCGAUGAUGACCGCACUCCUCUGAAUGCUCGGACUCCUCUGAACGACGUCCCCGUACCACCCGAAUCUCACCCACCCAGCCGUCGCCCGACUCCGUACCGUCCGCCGCAAGAGGAAGCAAACUCCAUGCCGCCGCCAGGUGCUUACGGUGCUGGCAUGAUGCACCAACCUUCCGACCCCCGACUGCGUCCGCAGUAUUCUGACGGCAGUAUGGGCCCGCGACGGGGAGGUGGUCCGCCGGGCUUUAGUCCGCGUCCCUACAUGGGUCCCCGCGGCCCUCCUCCAGGUCCACGAGGCGGAUACAUGGGCCCAAUGCCGCCGAGGGGCCGCGGAGGCAUGAUGCGCGGACCGCCGCGUGGCCCGCCGGUUGGCUAUGCCCCUAGUCCCCAUCAAAGCUUUGACUCCUACGGUCGACCCAUGCCACCCCCUGGCGAUGAUCCCUACGAGCCCCCCUCGCCCAUCAGCCCUAUUCGCCAUCCAUCUCCAGGUCCAAUCGGCAUGGCCGUCUCGCCGGAGACCGAUGGCCAAGCGAUCGAAAUGACGCCGCAGGCCCGGCGCUACGAUGGACAUGACUCCAUGGGCACCGAUCUUGAGCCGCAUGCGGUGUCAAUGGAUGGUCAUCUCGCACCUCUUGACAGCCCGUCGACUUCAAGCAUGUACAGCCGAACUGAGUCCUAUGUUCCUGCUCGUGCAGGCUGGAGCUCGGGUGAUGACCGUCGUACUCUAUCGCCUCGUCCGCCCAUGUCGCCAUUACAGUCCAGUAACACCAACAGUUACUAUGAGGACGUGGAACCUCAGUUCGCCCGUCGACCAUCCCCGCGGCCAUCGCCAGGUGGUGCCCCGGUCCCCUCGGCCUUGACGCCGGGCGCACACUGUAAGUUUGCGUUGAUUCGAGUCCUGCAUACCAGUGCUUUUGCUCACAUCGAUCUAGUUUAA